AGAGUCAAAUCCGUUUUGAUCAAUGUGAAAUGCUUCCUGCUGGUGGAAACUGACUUGCUUUUGAAAACAAACAUAGGAUGGCAGUAGCUUUGGUGUAUAGGAUGGGAUAUAGAAGCACAUCCUUGUUAUGUUGCAGGUUCAAUUCAACCUAUGUCAGGAGAAUGAGAUACCUGUUCGAGUUAAAAGAAAAUGAUAAUGCUUGUCGUCAGGCCUACAAUUCAGGCAGUUUCUUCCUGUUUUACAAUUGCUCCCCCUUUUUGCGACGAAAGGAAAAAAAGUUCUGGGCCCCAAAGAUAAAUGCAGCAGAAAUUAAAGAGAUUUUGGUGGAAUUUAGACAGGAUGAACAGAGGAUAGAGGAGUCCAUGCUUGUUGGCUGUUCGGAGGAAUGUGCACCAUAUUUUGCUCUGGAUCUAGGAUGGUUGGACAAAGCUUCCAUUGAAUCGAAACUCAAUGGAUCAUUUGCAGACUUUCGGAAGGCUUUCUUCCAAUUAGAAGAAGAUGUAUCUUUGAUUUCCACGGCACACGCUCUCCUUCGCUGGCAUGAAAACAACAAGUACUGCAGCAAAACUGGACAGCCCACGAUGAAGAAUCUGGCUGGAAACAAACGAGUUUGUGACAGCAGUGGAAUAAACUAUUAUGCACAGAUGUCUCCAGUGGUUAUAACUUUGGUAUCUGAUGGGAAUCGAUGCCUUCUUAUACGGCAAGCAACAUUUCCCAAAGGGAUGUAUAGUGCUUUGGCUGGUUUCUGUGACGUAGGAGAGACUCUAGAAGAAACAGUUCGCCGGGAAGUUGCUGAAGAGGUGGGGUUAGAGGUGACAUCUUUGUGGUAUUCUGCUUCUCAGCACUGGCCAUUCCCACAUGGCUGCCUAAUGAUGGCUUGCCAUGCCCUGGUGCUUCCACAGCAGAGUGAGAUUAGUAUCAACAAACAGGAACUUGAAGCUGCCAGAUGGUUCAGCCAUGAGGAGGUGGUGGAAGCCCUUGGAAGGCAGCCCAGGCCUUCCAGCGAAAAGGAUGACAACCUCUCUGUUUGGGUACCACCUAAGCAAGCCAUAGCCCAUCAGUUGAUCCAGGAAUGGGUUAAGAAACAUGCUUCUCCACUUUCUCACACUUAACUAUUCAGCUGUUUACUGUUACAGUUUGUCUCAAAGGUGCUAUAGAAUCUCUUUCCUCAAGAUCAACAGGUAUUUUGGUCCAACUGAAAUUGAAUUGGCUCACAGAGAUUCGCCUCCUUUGGAUCCAGAGCAUCCUUUAUCAUAAGUUUGUAAAAUGAACUGUUCAGAUUUGUUUCAUCUGUGAGGGUAUGCUGUGAUUCAAGCAUGACCCAUUUUCACAUAUAGUAGCUAUUGAUGUUGACAGAGAUAAAAUGGGUUGUGCAAGCAUUUUAGAUCUCUUGAGAGCAGUUAAGAGCAGCUGUAAUUUUUUGUUUCUUAUACAACAUUUCCCCUCCAGGGAUGUAUUUUGUUCCAACUGACGGGGGGGAUUUGAAUCUUGCAGUGAAUGCUAGUUUCCCCCCAGCACACAUUCUGCUAACAUGUCUUUAUGAAUUGUCCCCUCUUUGAACCAAGAUGAAAUUAGGGUUUUACUGGUACGCAAAAUAAAGUUAAAUAAGCUAGACACAGCCUGAGAAAGCAUAUAAAUGAAAGAGAAAGAAAUUAUACUAACAGUUAAUCUUAAAAACAACUCCUCCAGUUUAUAAAAGAAACACUACCUAGCUGGUCCUUAUUCCGAGAGGGAAACUGGGUAGUUAAAACCUUGUCAGCCCAUGCUUAUUUUGAACGAUACGUGAAACUAUGACUCGAUACUGAAGCCUUUACUCUUCAGAAAGCUACUCUUUAAAGUAUCUAAUGGCAAUCUAUAAUUUGGGAUGCAUAAUCAUGGGAUGGUGGGAGGUGCCCUGAACCUCUGUAUUUCACAUACUGUCUUUGGCUGCCACUAUUGUAGAGGAAUGAAAAUCCACGAUUUCAUAUUAUAAGUGCUUCAAGACAAACCAGAACUCUUCCAAGUAUGCAUUUCCUUUUUGGCAUGUUGAGAUAUCCUCAGAUCUAAACCAUAAGUUAAAUUUCAUGGAAGGAGUAUCUUUGCUUUUUUGAAGGCAUGGCUGGCUAAAGAGGAGAGGCAAAAUUCCUUUGGUGAGCUUCCUCACUUUCAUUUAUGUUAGGAUCAAAGACCAUACAGCUACUGUAUACUAUGUAAUAGUGUUGGACAUUAAAUGACUUAAUGAGAAUAUGAGUAAAGUACAUUCUGCUUCAAAUUUU